AUGCCACAACCGACAAGAUACUCAAGUCAGAGAACUCAUCACACAGCAAGGGUCAACUCAUACCAGCAAGUAUCUGAUCUCUUGACAAAAUUCUGGGUUCAAGAAGAAGUUCCAGAGACCUUAGCCAGCCAACUCAGCCCAGAUGAUCAAUCCUGUGAAGAUCAUUAUGUUGCGACUCAUUCAAGAGAUCAAGAUGGGAGAUAUAUUGUGAGAAUGCCACUAAAAGCAUCACCAUCUCUUCUAGGCAACUCAUCAGCGAGAGCUCAUCAGUGUUUACUACACAUGAUCAGACGACUCACAAAGAAUGACUCAUAUGCACAACUCUAUCACAACUUUAUGCAAGAAUAUGAGUCACUGAACCACAUGACACGAGCCAAGGCAAGUCCAAUCAACUCUCCGGUGUAUUAUUUGCCUCAUCAUGGUGUCUUAAGAGAAGACAGUCUGACUACAAAACUUCGUGUAGUAUUUAAUGGCUCUAGUCCAUCUUCUAGUGGUCUAUCAGUGAACGAUAUUCAACAUACUGGUGCCAAAGUCCAGAAAGACAUUGCAGACGUACUCAUUUGGAUCAGACAGCAUAAAUUUGUGUUCACAUCAGACAUCACAAAGAUGUACAGACAAAUCAAGGUACAUCAAGAUGACUGGGAUCUCCAGAGAAUCCUGUGGGUGGACGAGCACUCCAAGAUAAUCCCAUAUCAACUCACAACGGUCACGUAUGGUACCAGGUCAGCCCCAUUUCUGGCUGUUCGUACAAUGAUUCAGCUAGUAAAGGAUAAAGGUCAUAAGUUCCCUCUAGCGGUUGAUCCACUACUAAAAGGAAGAUAUGUGGACGAUAUUUUUGGAGGUGCUGACACCGUGAGUCAACUGAUAGACAACUCAACCCAAGUCAGACAACUCUGCAUGGCAGGUGGCUUCCCGUUAGCGAAAUGGCACAGCAACUCACUUCAAUUCCUUCAAUCAAUUACAGACAACUCAUCAGAAGAGCAGAUCCACUCAUUUGAGAGCAGCAAAACGAAAUUACUUGGGCUCUCGUGGAUUCCAGCGAACGACUCAUUUAAGUUCAACUCAAAACCUCCUCGUGAGAAGUCCAAGCUCACAAAGAGAAUAAUUUUAUCAGAAACAGCACAACUCUGCGAUCCACUUGGAUUUCUAGCACCCUUCAUUGUCAGAGCAAAGAUGUUGCUACAAGAAAUCUGGCUAGAUAAACUUUCAUGGGAUGACCAAGCCCCAGAUCACAUUAUCACCAAGUGGAACAGCUUCAGAUCAGAACUCUCACAUGUUUCAGACCUCUCAAUUCCACGAUGGUUACGGAUUACUCAGAAAUCGACCGUGGAACUUCAUGGUUUUUCAGACGCCUCACAUGCAGCUAUGGCAGCUGUUGUUUACAUACGGGCUACUCAUCCAGAUCAUGGAACUUGUUCAACUAUAGUCUGCUCAAAGUCUAAGGUUGCUCCAUUGAAGAAAAUGUCUAUUCCCAGACUCGAACUCACCGCAGCAUUGCUGCUUGCCAGACUAAUCACUUAUGUAAGGACCAACUUAGACAUUCAGCCAACUCAACUCGUAUGUUGGACAGACUCCUCAGUGACUUUGACCUGGAUUCAGUCUCACUCAUCCCGUUGGAAGGAGUUUGUAAGAAACAGAGUGUCAGCAAUUCAAGAUCUCACUCCAAUCAGCGUUUGGAGGUUUGUACCUGGCAAACAAAAUCCAGCGGAUUGUGCUUCUCGAGGUAUCAGCAUAUCCCAGCUUCGGAAGCACCCCCUGUGGUGGACAGGACCACAGUGGUUAACAGCAGACGAAUCAUUCUGGCCAACUCAAUCAUCAGUGUACGAUUCAAAAGCUCAGCAGGAAGACCGGCCCGGUCUCACUUUAGUUACUCAGACAAUUCAACAUGAUUAUCAUUGGGAUAUGAUAUACAGACAUUCUCGGCUAAUCAAAUUGCUCAGAGUGACUGCAAUUUGCUUCAGAUUCAGCCAACUCCUCAGACGAGUACCGCGGUCAUCUCUCACCUUCCCUCUCACGCCACAAGAAUUAGAGAGAGCAAGGAUUUUUUGGAUAAAAGCAACUCAAGAAUCGUACUUCUCACAGGAAAUCAAGCAGAUCAACUCAAAUUCACUGCCCGUCUCACACCCCCUCGCACGAUUGACAGCAUUUAUUGACACUCAAGGAGUCAUACGUGUUGGAGGGAGGUUAGCAAAUGCUAGCUUGGACCAAGAAGCAAAGCAUCCUGCAAUCCUACCACAGAAAACUCAUCUUUCCAGACUAAUCAUUGCAGAUGCUCAUGAAAGAACAUUGCACGGUGGGACGCAGGCAACUCUGAACCUCAUACGAUCAUCGUACUGGAUCAUUGGCGGACGACUCCCAGUACGAUCCUAUAUUUAUCAUUGUAUGAAAUGUGCUCGUUUACGUGGCGAACGAGCGAAGCAGUUAAUGAGUCAAUUGCCGUUAUCAAGAAUCACUCCAGCCCGACCAUUUGCCGUCUGUGGUGUGGAUUACGCUGGUCCCAUCACGCUAAAGACUUGGAAAGGCAGAGGCGCCAAAACAUCUAAGGGUUGGAUGUGCAUUUUUGUGUGCUUCGUUACUUCUGCGCUUCAUUUAGAAAUUGUAACAGAUUAUUCAGCAGACUCAUUUAUUGCAGCGUUCAGAAGGUUCACUGGACGUCGAGGUGUCUGCAGAACUCUCCACAGUGAUUGUGGCACCACAUUUCAAGGCGCAGACACGCUCAUCAGACAACUCUUCAAGCAGGGGACUCAACAGUUCAGUCAACUCGCAGCUGUAUUUGCAAAGGAUGGAACUGAUUGGAAGUUUAAUCCACCAGCUGCACCACAUAUAGGAGGAAAAUGGGAAGCUGCAGUCAAAUCAGUAAAGUUCCAUCUUAACAGAACGAUAGGCGACUCACUCUUUACAUAUGAAGAGCUUUCCACACUGCUUGUCCAGAUAGAAGCAGUCCUUAACUCCAGACCACUCGAGCCUCUCUCAGCCGACUCUACAGACAUCUCAGCGUUGACUCCAGCACACUUCUUGGUUGGUGAACCGCUAGUAACAUUACCAGAGCCUUCACUGGAAGAUGUGCCAAUGCCACGCUUGUCCAGGUGGCAAUUUAUUCAGCAGCGACUCCAAUCGUUUUGGUCAACGUGGUCAAAACAAUACCUUCAGCAGCAACUCGCCAUUUCCAAGUGGAAACACCCCUUUCACAACAUCACAGUCGGCUCACUUGUACUACUCACUGACGAGAGGUUUCCACCAACGAAGUGGCCUCUCGCCAGAGUGAUUAAGGUGUUCCCAGGAUCAGACGGACUCAUCAGAACAGUCAAACUCAAGACAGCAGCAGCAGAGCUCAUCAGACCACUCACCAAACUAGUCAUCUUACCAUACACUCCACCAGCAGAAGAUCAGCAAAGGCGUUGCUGA